AUGAAUACAGAUAUGCUAGAAUGUAAGAAGAAAGCGAUGGAAUUCCUUAAAUCGGAAAACCCGCUAUGCCAUGUGAACGGCAGAAAGAAGGGCUAUAUACAAGUUAUGAAAGAUCUGUGGGACAAGAAAGGAUACGAACAUCUUGGAUUAAAGAGCCAAAACCUGCGAGAUCAAGCCGCUAGACUUGAGAAAAUUAACGCUACAGCUGAGACUCGUGCUGUCGGUGAGGUAAGCGGCGGAGCGGUUAUCGAUGACGAAAGAGAGCAGACAUUAGAUGAAAACCAGAGAAGGCACAACACGAUUUCACAACAUGAAUUUAACAAUUUUGAAAAUCAAAACACCAUUAGUCAAAAUGUAAAUCAGCAAUCUGGAUUUGCAUACAGACAAUGAUAUUGUCCAAAACAGUCACGAACGGCAAGAAACCGAAGCUGUAGAGGGUUUUGAAGUGACUAAUGACUAUCCUGGUGAACCACACGCCGGCAUACAUGAAGCAGGACGUCUACCCGACUAUGUUGCUGUUGAUAUACCAUCGAUUACCAUCUGGGGACGCAGAGCGGACGGCUUAAUAAUUUCGGUCAACUCGUCAACCAUAAUUAAUGCAUACGAUGAAAUUACGCUAUGGGUUAAAAUACAUUCUUCGUCCCGUAUGGCAAAGUUGGGCGAGACUUUAUCGACCAGCUAGCACAACAUAUAAACGAUUGGAACAACGCAUCGCAAACACAACACAUAGCGCUGACAGCUGAAAUUUUUCUCUUGGCAACUGCACUGCAAAAGCCAAGCGUAAAAUCGAAGGCAAAAGAUCACAAAGAGUGCUUGGAAAAACGACUAGCGCUAUGGAAAGAAGGAGAAGUCGAGAGCUCACUUCGUGAAGGCCGGUCCAUUCAAAAGCGUCUAGCAAAUGCUAAAAGGACGGAGGCUCCAAAUAAAGCGAAGAUAUUCCCCAAGUUGGUCAUGGAAGGUCAGAUCAAUUCUGCUUUGAGAUAUCUCAGUGAGGCUGAUUUUGAUGGAGUGCUGCCUUUGACUGACGAC